AUGCUGAGGAUGAAGCUACCGCUGAAGCCGACGCACCCCGCGGAGCCGCCGCCCGAGGCGGAGGAGCCUGAGGCGGACGCGCGGCCAGGCGCGAAGGCGCCGCCGCGCCGCCGCCGUGACUGCCGACCCCCGCCGCCGCCGCCGCUCUCGGGCCCGCCCCGGGGCCCCCCGCUGCCGCCGCCGCCGCCGCCACCACCCGGGGGACUCGGGCAGCCUGUUGCUGGCGGAUCGGCGGCGGGGGCGGGCAUGCCGAGCGGCGGCGGAGGGCCCACGGCGGCGCUGCGCGAGCAGGAGCGGGUGUAUGAGUGGUUCGGGCUGGUGCUGGGCUCGGCGCAGCGCCUGGAGUUCAUGUGCGGGCUGCUGGACCUGUGCAACCCGCUGGAGCUGCGCUUCCUCGGCUCGUGCCUGGAGGACCUGGCGCGCAAGGACUACCACUACCUGCGCGACUCGGAGGCCAAGGCCAACGGUCUCUCGGACCCGGGGCCGCUGGCCGACUUCCGAGAGCCCGCAGUGCGCUCGCGCCUCAUCGUCUACCUGGCGCUGCUGGGUUCCGAGAACCGUGAGGCCGCCGGCCGCCUGCACCGCCUCCUGCCCCAGGUGGACUCGGUGCUUAAGAGCCUGCGCGCGGCCCGGGGCGACGGCUCGCGGGGUGGCGCGGAGGACGAGCCCGGCGAGGACGGCGACAACGAGGAGGACGCCGAUAAGGAUGGCUCCGGCCCGGAAGGCGGCGGCGCCGAGCCCCAGCCCUGCGGCGGGCUGGGCUUCAGGGCCCAGGAGGAACUGCUGCUGCUUUUCACCAUGGCCUCGCUGCACCCGGCGUUCUCCUUCCACCAGCGGGUCACCCUGAGGGAGCACCUGGAGAGGCUCCGCGCCGCGCUCCGCGGGAGCCCCGAAGACGGGGAGGCGGAGCCGUGCAACUUUGCCGGCCCCAGGGCCCAGAAUGACUCUGUUCAUGGUGAUUAUAUGCAAAGUAAUGAGGCCAGUUUAAUGGAACAAGCCCCGAUACCUCAUGAUGGACUUACUGUGGCACCUCAUAGAACCCAGCGAGAAGCUGUACACAUUGAGAAGAUAAUGUUGAAAGGAGUCCAGAGAAAAAGGGCUGACAAAUACUGGGAGUACACCUUCAAAGUAAAUUGGUCUGAUCUUUCAGUCACAACAGUAACAAAAACCCACCAAGAACUACAGGAAUUUCUGCUGAAGCUUCCAAAGGAGUUGUCCUCAGAGACUUUUGACAAGACCAUCUUAAGAGCCCUGAAUCAGGGCUCAUUGAAGAGGGAAGAAUGGCGGCACCCUGACCUGGAGCCCAUCCUGAGGCAGCUAUUUUCAACUUCAUCACGAGCUUUUCUACAGAAUCAGAAAGUACACAGUUUUUUUCAGUCCAUAUCAUCAGACCCUCUACACAGCCUCAAUAACUUACAAUCCUCUCUGAAGACCUCUAAGAUAUUAGAACACUUAAAAGAAGACAGCUCAGAGGCUUCAAGUCAAGAAGAAGAUGUGUUACAGCACACCAUAAUCCACAAGAAACAUACCGGGAAAAAUCCCCUUGUGAACACUGUUGGUACAAGUUGUUCUCCACUGGAUGGGCUCACCAUGCAGUAUUCUGAACAGAAUGGAAUCAUGGAUUGGAGGAAGCAAACCUGCACCACCAUUCAGCACCCGGAGCACUGUGUGGCCUUAGCUGACCAGCAUUCAACUGAAAAACGAAGUUUAUCUUCAAUAAAUAAGAAGAAAGGAAAGUCACAAAUAGAAAAGGAGAAAAUUAAGAAAACUGACAACAGAUUGAAUAGUAGAAUAAAUGGUAUUCGAAUCUCCGCUCCGCAGCACACCCACGGUGGUUCUGUGAAAGAUGUGAAUUUGGACAUUGGAUCUGGACAUGACACAUGUGGAGAAACAUCUUCAGAGAGUUACAGUUCUCCGUCUAGCCCAAGACAUGAUGGAAGAGAAAGUUUUGAAAGUGAAGAAGAAAAAGAUAGAGACACAGACAGCAAUUCUGAGGAUUCUGGAAAUCCAUCAACAACCAGGUUUACAGGUUAUGGUUCUGUCAACCAGACUGUCACUGUCAAGCCACCUGUUCAGAUUGCUUCAUUAGGAAACGACGAUGCAAACCUUUUAGAAGGUCCCUUAAACUCACCCAAGUAUCAGCAUAUUUCUUUUAUGCCAACUUUACACUGUGUCAUGCACAAUGGUGCCCAGAAGUCUGAGGUGGUCGUUCCUCCACCCAAAUCUGCUGAUGGUAAAACAAUAGGGAUGCUUGUUCCUAGCCCUGUUGCUCUCUCUGCAAUAAGGGAGUCCACGAACUCAACCCCCGUCGGAAUACUAGGGCCAACAGCUUCUACUGCAGAAUCAGAAAAGCACCUUGAAUUACUGGCGUCCCCUUUACCUGUUCCAUCAACAUUCCUUCCACAUAGUAGUACUCCCGCUUUGCACCUCACAAUUCAGAGGCUAAAACUGCCGCCGCCGCAGGGAUCUUCCGAGAGUUGCACGGUGAACCUCUCCCAGCAACCAACUGGGAGUCUGAGCGUCGGAUCACCAAACACUGCCUUUAUUCCUGUUCAUAAUCCAGGUAGUUUUCCAGGAUCUCCUGUUGCUACCACAGACCCCAUCACAAAAUCUGCAUCUCAAGUGGUAGGACUAAAUCAAAUGGUGCCUCAGAUUGAGGGAAACACAGGGACAGCCCCUCAGCCUACCAAUGUGAAGGUAGUUCUUCCAGCAGCCAGCCUCUCGGCCGUACAGCCACCAGCUUCCUACCCCUUGCCAGGCUCUCCCCUUGCUGCUGGGGUAUUACCCAGCCAGAAUUCCACCGUCCUCAGCACGGCGGCACCGUCUGCCCAGUCCGCGGGAGCAGGCAUCAGCCAGGCCCAGUCGAAUGUUCCUCCCGCGGUUCCUACCCACACCCCCGGUCCCGCCCCAAGCCCGAGCCCUGCUUUGACACACAGUACUGCGCAGGGCGACAGCACGUCUUACAUCAGUGCUGUGGGAAACACGAACGCCAACGGGACAGUGUUGCCUCCACAGCAGAUGGGCUCAGGUCCUUGUGGUUCUUGUGGGCGAAGGUGCAGCUGUGGGACCAAUGGAAACCUUCAGCUAAAUAGUUACUAUUAUCCUAAUCCAAUGCCUGGACCAAUGUACCGAGUCCCAUCGUUCUUUACUCUGCCAUCCAUCUGCAAUGGCAGCUACCUCAACCAAGCACAUCAGAGCAAUGGAAACCAACUUCCUUUUUUUCUGCCUCAGACUCCAUAUGCAAAUGGACUGGUGCAUGACCCAGUCCAAGCCAACUAUGGCAUGCAACAGAUGGCAGGAUUCGGGAGGUUCUAUCCUGUGUAUCCAGCACCUAAUGUAGUCGCCAGCACGAGUGGUUCGGGGCCCAAGAAGAAUGGGAACGUUUCAUGUUACAACUGUGGUGUGAGCGGGCACUAUGCACAGGAGUGUAAGCAGUCGUCCAUGGAGGCCAGUCAACAAGGCACUUACAGACUGAGAUACGCACCUCCCCUCCCCCCUUCUAAUGAUACGUUGGAUUCUGCAGACUGAAACAAGUAAAGCUUGCCUACUUAAUACACUGAAGUGUGGGGAGUCAUGGUUGGGGUGUGGAGGGGAGGAAAGGAAAGGUAUUUUGUUUGUGUUUCUUUGUCUAUACAUUUCCUAGAUUUCUAUGCAGUUGGGAUUUUUCAUUUCUCUUGUACCAAUGUCC